AUGCCUCCCAGAAGACAAAACCGUGCAAACAACCGUGAUAACAACAAUGACAAUAACAAUCCAGAACCUACAAUGGCCCAGAUUCUUCAGAUCUUGGCCCAACAGACUGCCAACCUGACUCAGCAGCAGGAAAGGCAGGCUAAUCCCCAGGUUACUUUCAAAAACUUUCAGUCCGUUAAUCCUCCAGAGUUUAAGGGUUCAGCGGACCUUAUUGAGGCUAGGAUAUGGUUGAAGGAAAUUGAAAAGGCAUUUGUGUUAGUUAAAGUGAGAGAUGAGCAGAAGACUGAGUUUGCUAGUUAUUAUCUGAAGGAGGAGGCCACCUAUUGGUGGGAGUCUGUGAGAGCAAUGGAAGGGACAGAGGAUGUUACUUGGGAUAGGUUUAAGGAGUUGUUUUUGGAGAAAUACUUUCCUCAAUUUCUCCAGGAUCGAAUGGAGUUACAGUUUUUAGAAUUGAAGCAAGGGGAUAUGUCAGUGGCUGAGUAUGAGAAAAAGUUUGCUGAGUUGGCUAGGUUUGUUCCAACCUAUGUAGAUACUGAUAGGAAGAGAGCUAAGAGAUUCCAACAGGGUUUAAAGGCAUGGAUCAGGGGAAAGCUAGCUAUAUUGGAAUUAGAUGCUUAUGCGGCUGUUGUUCAGAAGGCAAUGAUAGCGGAAACGGAAAGCGAAAUGUCUCAGAAGGAGAAAGAGGGAAAGAAGCGUAAGCCGGAACAUCAUGAGGGACAGUUUCAGCAGGGAAAGUUUCAGAACUUUAACCCGAAGAAAGGGAAAUUUCAGCAGGGGAGAAAUCCCACUUUUAAGAAGCUAGAUGUUGGUGGUAGUGGACAAGGUAACCGUCCAGCUAUUGGAAAUCAACCAAGGCCUCCAUUGCCGGAGUGCCAGAUAUGUGGAAAGAGACACGGGGGAAUCUGUAAUAGAUUGAAUGUGGUAUGCUAUAAGUGUAAUCAGAAGGGACACUAUUCUAGGGAAUGUCAGAACCCACCAGCAAGACCCCGAUGA